ACAAGUGUAAUCUCCUCUCCUCUCCUUCUUCCUGUGGAAGCCCAAGCGCCCCCCCUUCUUCACUCUCUCUCUUCUUCCUUUCUACACCUUUUUCAAACUUUUCAAACUCUCUUUUUCACGGGCAAUGCCUGUAAAAAGUUAGGGUUUUUACUCUCUCUCUCUCUCCCCCAAAUCCUCUUCCUCCGAAUCCCCUAGAGCUUCCUCCUUUAAGGCUUUAACUCUCUCCUCUCCGCUGUCGGUGCUUCAACUGUCUCUCUCUCUCUCUCUCUCUCUCUAGGGUUUCCACCAUAGCCGGGAUUGCAGGUCAUCUUCAUCUGCUCCGUUUAAUUUGUUUUGGAGGAGACUGACAUAUCCAGGCUACCAUUAUUGGUCUGGGAGUUGGGACUACUUGUGGGUUUCGUUUCAUAGACACUGAGACAUUCGCGUCAGAAAAGCUAGAGAGACAUUAUUUCAAAAAAGCGGAAUAUGUGCGAAUUUUGUAUCUGUUCUUUUUAGCUUUUGUGGGUGUUUUUGCUGCUUUUUGGAAGCUUGCAUGUGAAGCAAUACGAGAGUUGAAUGAAAGCAGAACGUGAUCCAAUUUACUAGUUGGUUUGCGGGAGGUUGGGUCUUCUAGAUCCUGCUCUAAAUCCGUGAAUUUGAGCUGCAUCUAUUUUCUCCUUUUCAGCUUGGUAUUUUAUCAGAUAAAGCUUUGUACUUGCUCUUUGUUCUUAUGUUCUAUGGACUUCUUUGAUGAUUUAGCAUCACAGAGUUUGAGUUGUUGCCAAUUUCGGAUUCAAAUUGAUGGUUAUAGGUAGCAGGGUUUAUUUUGAACAGUAAUCACUGCUUCUCUGCUAAUCUCAUACGCCCAUAGUUGUAUUUAUGGAGGACAUAGGACUUUUUAAACAAGGUUGGAAAUGGCUGCUAUCACACAAGCAUGUUUACUCGCGAUCUCGAACAGCGAUCAGUGGAUUUAGAGAUGAAAUGGGGAUGUUCAUAGAGCGGCAUUGGCCGAUGGUGUGCAGUGGGUGCACCAAGACGGGGAGGCUGUUGCUCUUGUUGUUGAUUUAUUGGCGGGACUGUGUUGUAAGAGGUUUUCGAUCCUUUCUCGGGUUGGGUUCUGCGGCUUUGCUCCUUAUAAUGUGGAGUUGCUUUCUCAGUUUGACUUCCAUUUCUUGCUUGAUUUAUGUACUUCUUAGUAUGGGAGCUGCUGGAGCUGCUGUUCAGUACUUGGGUUACACUCCAGGACUUUUUAUAGUAGGGCUCUUCGCUAUUCUGAUUUUAUGGAUGUAUGCUAACUUUUGGAUAACAGGAACAUUAUUUAUAGUUGGAGGUUAUUUGUUCUCCUUAAAUCAUGCACGGUUGGUGGUCUUGAUGGCAACUAUAUAUGCUAUUUAUUGUGUCAAAGUUCAAGUUGGAUGGCAUGGCGUUAUUCUCUCAAUAAACCUUGCAUUCUUCUCUAAUGAUGCAUUAAAUUAUAUGCUUCAAUGGUGUGAUAAUGUGAGUGAAAGCACACACUUUGAAGAGCAGAAGCAAUCAGAAGAAGUUAUUGAAGAUGACUUUUCUGGGGAGUGUGAAUACUCUAUUCCUACUGAGGAAUCUGAAAAGGUGCACUCAUGUAAAUCAUCAAGCAAGCCAGUUACUUCAACUGUUAUUGAUGAUCCGAAAGAAUCUUCCCCUAGUACAGUGGCCAAAGAGGAAAUAAAUUCAGCUGUUGAGAUGAAAAAAAUAUUAGACAGUAUUGAUCAUUAUGAAGCACUGGGAUUUCCUCGACACAAAAAAAUUGAUGCUGCAAUUUUGAAAAAGGAAUACCGGAAGAAGGCCAUGCUUGUGCAUCCAGAUAAAAACAUGGGAAGUGCACUAGCCAGUGAAUCGUUUAAGAAACUUCAAUGUGCAUUUGAGGUUCUAUCUGAUUCCACAAAGAAGCGAGACUAUGAUGAGCAGUUGCGGAAGGAAGAAUCCAAGACUAAGAGUGUGUGCCAGAAGUCCCAUGGUACUUCACAUCAGGAUGGUCCAGAUUAUUGUUCCGAAGAGUCGAGACGUAUACAGUGCACUAAGUGUGGAAAUUCACAUAUAUGGGUAUGCACCAACAGAAGUAAGGCCAAGGCUAGAUGGUGCCAGGAUUGCUGUCAAUAUCACCAAGCAAAGGAUGGAGAUGGAUGGGUUGAGUAUAAAGGAUCUCUAGUCUUUAAUAGGCAUCAUAAGGUGGAAAUACCACGAGCCUUUGUUUGUGCUGAGAGCAAAAUCUUUGAUGUGUCAGAAUGGGCUAUUUGUCAGGGAAUGGCAUGCAGGCCCAACACCCAUAGGCCUAGCUUCCAUGUAAACAUGGUUGGUUCAGAGAAAACUCAGAGAUCGAACUCAAGUAGGUUCCCGUGGGAUUUGGAUGCUGAAAUGAUGGAUGAAGAUGAAGAAGAAUUUGAGGUGUGGCUUCAGCAAGCUCUGGCGUCUGGCCUCUUUUGUGAGUCCUCUAAACGCCGAAAGAGCUGGAGCCCAUUCAAGUUGCCCCAAAGGGUGAAGAGGCAAUCGCGAAGAACAUCGUGCUGAAUAGCUCAAGAAGGCUAUGCCAGAAGAUCUGCUGCCCAUCCCAAGAAAAAGCAAAUGUUUUUUUUUCUGGAAGGAAGGUAGUUGGAUUGUCAAGAUACUGAUUGAUAGGUUGCUUGUAUCACCAAACAAAGGUUGGUGCUUAACAAAGAUGACAAGGAAAUGGUUUGAUCUCUUGAAAAUUGAGAUCAGAGAUCAACACACACUUUGUAUCACCACCAAAGGGGUAGGGCCCAGGUUCCCAGAUUUUUGUUGCUCUUGUUGCACAUUUAACCCCAUAUGUUCAGUCGUACGACGUAAGUUAUCUCAAUGUCCUACCUGAAUGAUUCAGUACAAGGUGAAAAUCCACCACGAACUGUUCCUCUUUUUUUGUACAUAUUUAUCUCGUCAAUAAAAUUUGCCCUUUGUCCUUCCGA